CCUGGGUCUGCGGCCACCGACCGAUUCAACACAUGCGUUUUUGUCACAAGACCUGAGUGAAAAUACAUCUACAUACGCUCUUCAUUCGAAAGGAAUUGAACACCGUGUCAGACUUUGGCAUCGUCAUUUACGGGCACUUUAUUGGACGUCGGUAUUACCGAAAACCAUUUUCGUCACAGGACAGCGUGUCCAUAAAUUUUGUUAUACACCAGAAUAACCACAAGUGAAGCAUCAUGAACGGAUUCACCCAAUUGUCGUUGGUACUGUUGGUAGUGGCAGCAUGCCAUGUUUACGGUCAAGAGACCAGCACUCCUUGUUCGCUGUCGUUCUACCGGUACCUGUUCAACUUGCCCGGUGAGAAGAUACGACCCAACGUACCAGAAGGCACGUACAUGUUUGGUAAGCGAGUUGGCCCUGCCACACCGGAAGGUCAAGCCUCAGACGUCAAGCCAACCAUCAUCAAACCUGAACCGUCUUACGAAGCUCCUGUUUACCUUCCUCCACCAACCACGACAACCACGACCACCACCACACUGAAACCAUCCACUGCGGCACCAGUGUACAUACCACCACCACAGAACCCUUACUACCCGGCUGAAUCUAUCAACACGAUUUCAGUGGCCAAGCCGGCUUGCGACCACCCAGAACACUUGCACGUCGUGGACACCGGGCUCCUGCCACCAUACCAGACACCAAAAUUCCAACCACAGCCCACAUUCCAGCCUCUGCCCACAUUUCAGCCACAGCCCACAUUCCAACCACAACCCACUUUCUUCGUGCCACGUUUCGUAGCCCCACCUAAGCCCCAGGUACAAGUGGUCAUCAGCGAAAACGAGAUAUUCCCCGAACAAAGGAAACCCGUGGCCGUGCAAAGAUUUGCCGUUCCCACUCCGCCACCGCAGUUCCUCCGGCCAUACAUCGCACCAUCACCAGCCCCUACUGAGAACUGUGAUAAACACGUUCACGUGACUAGCACUACCACAACCACUACAACCACCACCACGACACCAGAGCCGGAACCAAUUACCGAAGGUUUGGUGGAGACUCGUCAGAACGAGAUAUCCAUCGUACCGGAUACCAAGCACCCAGCUGACUGUGGCCACAAGCACCACAAUGUUGUUGUCGAGUCCAUUGGAGUGCCGUCCACCGACUACGGCGUGGUCUCAGCCCCCGCCCCUGUCCCGUCCGCGUCCGCCGGCUAUUCAUACGACCGACCCAGCGAGCCGCUAGCGUAUCCAUCUGCUGCAACCGGUUACACUUACCCCAAGGCCAGCCCAUCUUUCGAGUAUCCAGGCGCGUUUUCAGCACAGGGCACAGCUCUUUUUGAAUCCGAAUCACCGAAGUCGUCUUCCAGUGGCACCGAAGACGGUGACCUGGUCAUCCUCAAGGUCUAGAACAUCCUAACCUCCGUGUGUGGAACAUAAAUCAUAAAAAAAAUCAUAAAAAAAAUCAUAAAUAUAAUAUAUUAUAACACACUUCUCAAACACAUAACACGUACGUGUGUGUGUGUGAGUGUGUGUUUGUGUGCCUACAUGACGCCUCAUUAGUGUGUUAGCCAACCGAAAAAAUUGGCAAUUUAACGCCGUUACCAUAUUAGAAUAUUACAUCAUAAUUAUAUUAUUAUUA